GUAGAGUCAUGCCCGCCGCGCUGCUAGCGCUAGCGGUGGUCGCACUGGCUGGACUUGGAUUGGGGCAGAAAGAAAAACCAGUACUGAGUGAGGAAAUCUUGGAAAUAAUACAGCAUGUUCACAACGAGUGCGUCCAAAAAACCGGCGUCUCUGAGGGGGACAUAUCAAACUGCGAGAAUGGUAUCUUUAAAGAAGAUGAAAAACUAAAAUGCUACAUGUUUUGUUUGCUAGAAGAAGGAAACUUGGUGGACGAAAACGAUAAUGUUGAUUACGAUAUGAUGAUCAGUUUGAUUCCCGAAGAGUAUACCGACCGAGUGACCAACAUGAUUAAUAGUUGCAAGCAUCAUGAUGUUCCAGGCAAAAGUAAAUGUCAAAGAGCAUUCGAUGUUCACAAAUGUUCCUAUGAAAAAGAUCCCAAGUUUUAUUUUCUUUUUUAAUAAUCAAGACUGAGGGCUGACGCGACGACUAUAAGGAAGACUUUAAUCAUAUCAACCUAUUUUUCAUGAUUUAAAAUAUAUAAGUACGAGAUAAUUA